AUGUCCCAAACAGAGAGCUUCUUCAUGGAUGACGCUUUCUUUGCAAACUCAAAUUUUUUAUGGCCCAGACGCAGCAUGACUCUUUCCACAUUCAGAGAUGACUUCCUCCACCAUAGAGCCCAGCUAAUACAGAGCCUCAGUAAUGAGAUCUGUGACAGCUUGCUGAAUGAACUCAGUGAAGGCCUUCACAGAGAGUUCUUCCAGAGUCUAGAUGGUCAGUGUUCCUCCACGUUCUCCAGAAUCAUCAGCACAGAGACAGAGCAGAAUAAACAGCGAGACCUGUUUCUUACCAUGGACACUCGAGAUUUCUCUCCAGAGGAUGUCACUGUGACAGUAUCUGGGAGGAGGUUGGAGGUGAUGGCAGCCAAGCGGGCAGAGUCAGACACUUCCUCAUUAUCUAUCAGCGCAAAUCACACUAAAGACCCCCAGACAAAAGGUUUUGUUAAGGCUGUGGAGAUUCUGGAUCACCUGGAUUCAGCCACCUUGACCUGCUCACUUGGAGAAGAUGAACUCCUCCGUAUUGAGGCACCAGAGUCCAAAGAUGAGUCUUCAGAGAAGCUUGUCAUUCCAAUUCGCUUCAGAACAUCUCUGAAUUUCCCCAUCAGCAAGGACAGCUCAAACAAAAAGGAUGAUGAUGCUGAGAAAUCAGACUAG